UAAUAGUGAAAAAAAAAAAGCAAACGAAGAUAAUACAGCUGAAGCCAAAGAAUUAAAGAUGUUGAGCUAUUCUGUUGCUUCCCCAACAACCCUUACUUUACCUCCGAAUCCCAUGUUUUCAAUUGCCAAAACUUCCUUCACCGGCGUCAGAAUCCAGCGCUUUUGUCCCCAGCGGUUGCCUUCUCAGACGACCUCUUUUCGAAGACCAUCAGCGUCUUCGUCGGUGGUAACGAUGGCAAAGAGAGAAGAAGAAAUGAAGGAAAUAAGAGCUAAAACGACUGAAGAAAUCAACGACGAUGUGGUUGAGUUAAAAGGAGAGCUUUUGAUGCUUCGUCUUCAGAAAUCGGUUCGCAAUGAGUUCAAGUCUAGCGAGUUUCACCGUAUGCGCAAAAGGAUUGCUCGUUUGCUGACCAUUAAACGGGAAAGAGAGAUUGAGGAGGGCAUCACCAAGCGAUUGUCAAGAAAGCUUGAUCAGCAAUGGAAGAAAAGCAUUGUUGUGAAGCCACCUCCAUCUUUGAUUAAGUUGCGAGAGCAGGAGGCAGCUAAAGAAGCCGAGAAAUCUGCUGCUUGAGCCACUCCAAAUACUUCCACAAUUUCAUGGCUUUAAAAAAGGGCUCUUUAAAUUGUUGCUGAUUAUAAUUUUACACCAUUUUGUGAGUGUUACUGAAGCUAGGGUUUUUUUAGUUUCCCUAAGAUUGUUGAUUACCCUAUUUAUUAUUUCUUUCAUGGGGAAGCUUUUAUUAAAGACUCGUUU